CGUGGACGAGGCGAGCAUGGCGGACGUGAAGGACAUCCCGCGCGCGGACGAGAUCGCCGAGGUCAUGGACUUCCUCAAGUUCAGCAUCAAGGGCAGCUCCGGCUUCCUCGGCAAUAUCUGCUUCAACUUCCGCGUCGAAGGCGCCGAUGAGGACACGCGCCUGCGCUACAUUGUGCACGUCAACGCCAAGAAAGAGGUCAAGACGACGCUCCUCCGAACGGACGUGCCGCAACAUGCCAACAUGAAGAUCGACUGCGAAGUGACCAUGACGAUCGACGACUUUCUGCACCUGUAUUCGGGCAAGGCGACGAUCGGCGAGGUCUCGCGCCUCUGCUACUCGGGCCGCGUGCAUGUGUCGGGCUUCCAGUUCCGCUUCCUGACGCGGUUUGCGCAAAGUUUCGAGUUCUCGACCGACAAGUGGAACGCGUUUUACGCCUGGCAGCGCGACCAGCAGCAGCAAAUCCUCGACGAAGCGUCGCUCAUGGCCGACAGCGUCGAGUACAAUCGCUUGCCGCGCCAGAUCGCGCUCUACAUCCGCGGCGGCGUCAACAUGGCGAUCCUGCAACGCCGCUGCUUUGAAGCGUCGCUGAGCCGCAUCUUUGGUACGCGUCUCCUCCUCUCGUACACAUCGCUCGCGCACAGCGGCAAGCAGUUCCAGCACCCGCCCCGUGCCAAGAAGCUCCUGCGCAUCUCGCGCACGCUCAACGGCGUGCACCCGCCGACGCGCAAAGCCAACGGCAAGGCGAACGUCAAGUCGCUUCGCGACGAGGUGGAAGGCGUCUUGGCGUCGUCGUAUACGCUGCUGGCGGACGAGGACCUUCUCUUGGCACCGAAUUCGAUUGACGACGAGAUGGUCAAAGUGCUGCAGGGCACCGCGCGGUACCCACUGCGUCGGAAGAAGGGCAACUGGAUCACAAAGCUCAAGCAGUCGACCGACCUCCACAAGCGCGUCGAUCUCACGGACGCGACGCGCAAGCAGAUCGACAAGAUCAUGGCCAACCUCAUCGGCCCGGACCAGCCCAUGACGAAGAGCAACUUUAUGCCGGCGCCGCAGCGCGUCUUGCACGAGCUCAAGAAUCUCAUUUCGACGUCCCAGCAUGAGCCUGCGUCGCCGCCGCUCUCAUCGGUCCUCCGGGACAUGGACGCUGCGAUUGCGAUGGAGCUUGGCCUUGUCGAGAAGAAGCAAGCCUUCGUACGCCCGGCGCCGCCCGUCGAGAUUGGCACGCGCGACAUCAUUCGCUACAACACGAACCGCGAGUUCAUCAAGGGCAAGAAGGCCCUCAAGAAGAAGAUUGAGGGCCUCCGCCAAGGUCUCUUGACCCACCGCCCCGUCGAGGCCGUCCCGGACAGCAUGGCCUUUCUUAUCGAUUAUUAGACACGCCCCUAUUUAACCCUCUUUAUGUCAUUUGUCCUCGUA